GGGAGGGAGGAUGCGGCGCAGGUCUCGGCUGCUGCUCUGCUUCGCCUUCCUCUGGGUGCUGGGCAUCGCCUACUACAUGUACUCGGGCGGCAGCGCCGCUCUGGCCGGCGGCGGCGGAGGCGGCAGGAGGAAGACCUAAUGUGUUAUUCAGACAUACUGGACUUGUUUGAUAUGGCACCCAGUCCUGUGAUGUGUUGAACAGCACCAAUUCUCUUUCUCUUCAGUAGAGUUGAAGGUGUGUGCCCUCUGCCAGGAUUGCACCUGAGAGGACCCAAAUGAUAUUGACCCCAAAAGGAAAGAAGUGCGUGGCAGUGAUGUGGAGGACAAGGCACAAAGUGUGGAGACACUACCUCCAGGAAAAGUCCGGUGGCAAGACUUUGAUCAGGACGCCUAUGUUGGUGCUACCGUGGUGCGAUCCGGCCAGGAUCCGUACGCACGGAAUAAGUUCAAUCAGGUGGAGAGUGACAAACUGCGAAUGGACCGGAGCAUUCCUGACACUAGGCAUGAUCAGUGCCAGCGGAAACAGUGGCGGAUAGACUUGCCAGCCACUAGUGUGGUGAUCACCUUUCAUAACGAGGCAAGAUCUGCUUUGCUUCGAACUGUUGUCAGUGUCCUUAAAAAAAGUCCACCACAUCUUAUUAAGGAAAUCAUACUAGUGGAUGACUUCAGUAAUGAUCCGGAUGAUGGGGCUCUCUUGGGAAAAAUUGAAAAAGUACGGGUUCUCCGAAAUGAUCGGCGAGAAGGCCUGAUGCGCUCCCGUGUCAGAGGGGCAGAUGCAGCACAAGCCAAAGUGUUGACCUUCCUGGAUAGUCACUGUGAGUGCAAUGAACACUGGCUGGAACCACUUUUGGAAAGAGUAGCUGAGGACAAGACCAGAGUUGUGUCUCCUAUUAUUGAUGUAAUUAAUAUGGACAACUUCCAGUACGUGGGGGCGUCAGCUGAUUUAAAAGGCGGCUUUGACUGGAAUCUUGUAUUCAAGUGGGAUUACAUGACACCAGAACAAAGAAGAGCACGACAAGGAAAUCCAGUUGCUCCCAUAAAGACACCCAUGAUAGCUGGGGGAUUAUUUGUGAUGGACAAAUCCUAUUUUGAAGAACUAGGGAAGUAUGACAUGAUGAUGGAUGUUUGGGGUGGAGAAAACCUAGAGAUCUCAUUCAGAGUUUGGCAAUGUGGUGGGAGCCUAGAAAUCAUCCCAUGCAGCAGAGUGGGUCAUGUAUUCCGCAAACAGCAUCCUUACACGUUUCCCGGCGGGAGUGGUACUGUGUUUGCAAGAAAUACACGCAGGGCAGCAGAAGUCUGGAUGGACGAGUAUAAAAAUUUCUAUUAUGCAGCCGUGCCUUCAGCCAGGAAUGUACCUUAUGGCAAUAUUCAAAGCCGAAUGGAGCUCAGAAAGAGACUUAGCUGCAAACCCUUUAAGUGGUAUCUUGAAAAUGUUUAUCCUGAAUUACGGGUACCUGAUCAUCAAGAUAUAGCAUUUGGGGCUUUGCAGCAGGGUACCAAUUGCCUUGACACUUUGGGCCAUUUUGCAGAUGGUGUUGUUGGAGUUUAUGAAUGUCAUAAUGCCGGGGGAAACCAGGAAUGGGCCUUAACAAAGGACAAGUCAGUGAAACACAUGGAUUUGUGCCUUACUGUUGUGGACAGAGCUCCUGGUUCACUAAUAAAACUUCAGGGCUGUAGGGAAAACGACAGCAGACAGAAAUGGGAACAAAUUGAAAGCAAUUCUAAACUGAGGCACGUUGGCAGCAACCUCUGUCUAGACAGCCGAAAUGCCAAAAAUGGUGGUCUCACCGUUGAGAUCUGCAAUCCUUCUUUGUCACAGCAGUGGAAAUUCACACUUAAUCUGCAGCAGUAGAAGGACUUACAAGCAAAGUGCUGUUUCAACUGAAAAACAUUGGGCAAAGUUUUGAUUGAAUUACUGAUGUAUUUCUUAAAACUUUCCACGGAACUUAUAUACCUCAGUAUUCCACCUUUAUCUGAAAGUAGAGUGCUGAAGCAGACACCAGGGAUCCAGGGGACUUGGAGCACUGCAAAGAUGUCACUGAGCAUUACUUCACAGGAAGAAGGAAUUGUGCUGCAGACUUCAACUGUUCCUUUCUGUCUUCAGCUACUACUUGCACAGCAGAUAAUUAACUCUAGGAACAACUGACGUAUUGUAAACAAAAGGAUCUGAAGAAACAUCUGUGGGGAACAGUGUGGGAGGGAGGGUGGGAAAAAUUACUAGGAGAAGGUCAUUUGAAAACUCCAUUGGAAUAGAAGUCAUGGUUUGUCAUUUCCAGAACCAGAAGUGUCAUUUUGAAGUUUCUUUUUUUUCUCCUGUGUGUACUUGGUAAUUUGAAUAUGAACUUUUCUAUGAUGGACUCUAAAUAUAAAUAUAUGAAAGUAUAUAUAUUGUCAGCUCCCAAUGAUUUGUAUCAGUUUUCAUCAUCCUAUAAUUAUCAACAAAGUGAUUGACAUAUGCAUAACCAGAAAUUGGAUCGGAGUGCUAGGAGGGAGAAACUCGGAGGGUGCGGAUUUUGUGCUGCUGGGUGUGAUGUCCGUGCUAACACUGGAUGCUUUGCUUUGCAAACUGGAUCUUCUUCUUAACACUUCACCCUCGCUGGAGAUCAUGAAACUCAGGAGGAGAAAGAAAAUAGCAGAGGAAGUCAAUGCAUCUGCCCAGAUGAUUGCUUGGAUCGUUUAUUCCAGCUUGGGAAUUCAUCACCCGUGCUCUGGAUAACGUUAAACCUGUACUUUAUAUUUGUGUUGAUCAUUUCUGUAGUACUUUGUCUUUAAAAUAUUUCUUCCUUUGUUACAAAAUUAUAUAAACUGCACAGAGCUUUUGUGCAGGUGUAUUGUUUCAGCAGAGUUUUAUUCUGGGCCCUAAUGAGGAAAAAAUUGUCUCAAACUCCCCUUUUGAGUUGUAGAAAUAAGUUAGAAUUGAAACACCACUGACAACAGCACAAGAUCUGAAUUUUAAUUUGCAAGGAUGAGCAGCUAUGUAAUAUCUCUGAAUUGCACUUGCUUAAUUUAUUGACCUACUACUGGGGAAUUUUCUUCCAUUUUGUUUCUUUAAAUGUAGCUUUUGAAUGAAUUCAGGCUUGACUCUGGGAAUCAGCCUGGAUACCUACAUAGCCUAUGUGUUUUUAACCAUAGAACUUGUGCAUUUUGUAGCUUCAGUCCAGCUGAUGUCAUUUUUAUAAAACAAUGCUGUCAAAGGUAACCCCAACUUUGACCUGUCCUUUCUUAUGUUUGCAUAGACUAUAUACUUUUUUAUUAAAAGCAAAUGCUUCAAUGAGCUUUUAAAAUGAGAAGGAAGGUAAAAAAGUAUUAAUAAGUAUUAAUAUGACAGCAUUGACAACAAUUAGUGCAGACAUGGAAUGCCAGGAAGUGGUUUUGGAAAGAUGGAUCUUGGGAAAAUAUAAGGGUUGAUCACAAGGAGAUGAAAAACAUCUGCUGUACUGUAAUAUGCUGGUACAGUUCCCCUCUUUCUUUGUUCUGGAAGUAGAGUAGUUCCUGAUUUUUUCUUUUCCCUUGGCUGUACCUGUGCAUCAGGUGUAGAGAUGGUACUCUCAUGGGCAAGGUGGCUUCACUGUGCCCAUAGAUACCUUGCCUGUCUGAAGUUAUGACCUGCAGGUACCUUUUGGAUGGGGCCCUUAAAUCCAGUUUUACCCAUCCAUCAUCUUCUGACUUUUGAAAUAAAUAAUUAAUACUUUUUCUCUGCUUAUCCACAAUCCACUUUCUCCAAAACUUGCCUGUUUUAAAGGCCAGUGGGUAAACUAUUUUCAGCUUUUAGUCUCUCCCUGUAGCCUUUUGACCUAGCUGAGAACUUGAAGAACGUAUUUCAUAAACAUAGCAAUAGAUGCCUUCAUCUUUUGGAAAACAAAUGCUGAAAUAUGAGCUCAGCAGCAAACCAGUUGUUUGAGGCUUUGGAAAACAGAAUUUAAAAGGAAGUUAAAAAAACCCAAGCACUCAGCCUCAACUGUGGAGGUAUUUCCAUUCACAGCUUUGAUCUGAUUGAGGGUGGUACUAACUGAAAUCAGCAGCUGCAACUCUGAAUGUUGACCUUCCUCUUAUCUCUGAAUCUGAAUUGCUAGUGAAAAGAAAUUUUAAAAAAAUACAUAUUCCAUUGCUUUAGUCUUUAAUGACUGCAAUAUUCAUAAAGUAGGAAUAUCUUUUCAGUAAUUCCCCAUGGAUGUUGUGCAUAGGGGUUUUAAUAUAGGAGCUGUAUGCUUUUCUUUGAGAGAACAGACAAGAAGUGGUAUCCUUUUGUUAUGUUUACAUGACAGUGUGCCAAAGUUACUUACUGUGAUUUUAGGGGUUUUUAAUGCUGAAGAAAUUCAUCUGUUUGAAAGAUAAAUUAAGAGCCCUUGAAGCAAAUUGUGAUGGAGUCUCCUGAGAACUUUUCUUACCGUCUUCAGAACAAGAAUGGUGAUACUGUUUAUUUUGCAGAUUUUCAAAACAUAGUUUGGAAACAGUUUUUUUCAGUUGGUUUGAAAAGUCUGCUGUACAGAGCUUGUACUUGUUCAUUUUAUAGAUGGAAACCAUCCUUGAAAAUUUGUUUAACUUAAAUAAAGAAGAAUGCUUUAUAGAUAA